UAUUUGUAAUUAAAAUUUAUUAUAUUUCAGUAACGGCUAAAUAUGCGUGUUCUUUAUGGAAAAAUUCGCGAAGUGACGCAAAAAUACCCGAUUGUACGGGGCAUGGCUUCUUAUACCGUUAUAUGGCCCACCGGAAGUUUGUUGCAACAAAAAAUUGCAGGAAAUGAGGAAAUAAAUUACAUUCAAGCAUUAAGAUUCAGUUUAUAUGGUGGUUUCUUUGUAGCUCCAACACUCUACUGUUGGUUAAGAUGUUCUUCAUAUUUUUGGCCAAAGUCAGAUAUUAAAUCUGCAAUUACCAAAGCUUUAGUAGAACAAGUUUCAUACGGUCCUGCUGCAAUGUGUUGUUUCUUCUUUGGUAUAAAUCUUUUAGAAUUCAAACCAGUUGCAGAAUGUAUUGAAGAAGUGAAACAAAAGUUUUGGCCCACAUAUAAAGUUGGUGUAUGUGUAUGGCCUGUUUUACAGACAAUCAAUUUCUUUUUUGUUCCGGAACACAACCGGGUAAUUUAUGUAAGUUUUUGUAGUUUAAUUUGGACGUCUUUCCUUGCAUAUAUGAAAGCAUUGGAAAAGAAGAAAAGGGAAAGUGAGAUUGCAAAUAAUAAUAGUAAUAAUAAUAAUAAUAAUAAUAUGAAAAAUAAGAAUUAUAUUCAAGGUAAUAAAAAUAUCCAACCUGUUGUACAAAGAGAAGAUAAAAGUAAAAGAGAAAUUGUUGUACGGUAAUGAUUUUUAGGAAAUGUUUUUAGUUUAAUUGAAUAAUUAAUAUACAUGUAUUUGUGUAAUAAAUUUAUUAUAUUAGGAGAUAAUUUUAAUCAAAAUACUUGUCAUUUACAGUACAAAAUAUUAUGAGACAAAUAUCUGUACAUGUGUUCAUUAAAUGUUUCUAUAUAUUGUAA